AUGCACUCAGCGGACACAUUCGGCCCAGUUAUAUCGAGCCUGGAGGCAGUUGUCCAACGUUUGCCAGGAUCUUCGUGGUGGAUCGAUAAGAGCUAUGGUGCGGUGUCUUACUGGCUCCGAGUUCCCGCCACUAGUACCCAGCUAAAAACGGUUGGAAUAAUUUUGAGUGAACUACAGGUGUUACGCUAUGGUGAGCGGCUUAUGAUUGAAGAAAUUUUGUUGACCCCUCCAAGUUCUCAGCAGAAAAUUUUCAUCGAGACCGUUCAUCCCAAAGCCAUUGGUCAUUGGAAAAUAUUGUGGACAGAUCGAAACAAUCCAGUUCAACUCAGUCUGCCGACCGAAUCACGGACGCAUACACUUGUGGGCCCUCACGAAGCCCCGAUACAAUUGGGACCUGGUGUACAUUUGAAUGGAUGGGUGUCCGGCCAUUGGUAUUCGGCGCCCGCAACCGACAUACCCGGAUCAGUCGUCUUCAGUUGGUGUUUCAUGGUGUCUGUACCGAUUGAUCGCCUAUCACACGCAACAGUAAUGCUAUUACCACCCUCUCUUGGCACACCCAGCGAUCGUUUUAGACAUGGACCGAAAGUGCAACGUGGACCACCCACGCACACGAACAACGAACUGUCAGAUCUGUCUGGUUUACGAUUGGCUAACUGUGAUCUACAAGGACGACAGCUUCACACACGUGUCGCUUUGAGCGCCUCGACAAAUCAACCACGUGAAAGCCGCAGGCGAGCUGGAAUCAGGCAUAGAUUAAAACGAGAAGCUUCUCGUCGUGAGCGUCGUCGUGGUCCAAAGGAUCCACUGCAAUUGCUACCUGUGUUGUUUCUACUUGAUCCCAAUUGUCGCCUUACUAUGUUGGUGGACGAACACAGCACGUCACACACCAGACGCCGACAUUUCCAAAGUGUUAGUUACGAAGAUUUGGACAGGUCAACACGAGUUUCCCGAUUCACAACCAGGGAAACCCGCUCUAUCCAACAUUCAAAUGUAUACACACAUAUUCAUACACAGACUGGCCGACCGGCCUACAUAAACGGAGCGUCACUAUCACCGACGCGCCGUGAUGAUCCAUUCCCUCCUCGAACCCAAUCUGAUGACACGAAUGGGGACAAUGGGCUACCACUCGCACGUGUCUCAGAUGAGGACUACGAGGCUGAAGAGUUCCGACCGAUUGUACACACACGCCGUAGUGCCUUCAGGGACCCUUCGUUCUCUCCACCCGAAUUCGAAGGUGGACCGUAUUCCCCGGUGUUGCAUCAUACUUCCGAUACAUAUAUGGUAAGUGCUCUCUCUCUGCUUCUGCUGUCAGUUUCGAUUUUUGCCCAUUUCGUUGAGACUCCUCCGGAUGCACGUGACGCAACGCGUGAUUUAGCUGCCCGUUCAUUGGUCGAAACACAAAUAGCUCAAUUAGUCCGGACGAGUUCAAUGUACAAAAUUUAG